GUGGAUGAACUUCAGCUGGAUAAUGGAUGAACGCAUCAGACAGACAGCUAGCAAAAUGCACAGCGUACUAUGAACUCCAGAUGUCAAUGUAUUGGAAGUGAGCACCCGCCCACGACGAGUGAGUCACACUCUGAAGUAGCUGAAUAAGUGAGCGACAGUGCGAACGGGGAGUUUCUGCGUGGGGUAUUUAACUUCUUUCUGGUACUUAAAGCUCCUCCGUCCCGCGGUGUUUAUGGAGAAGCGCAGCAUCGAGCUCGAGCCGCCACACGGACUGACAGUUGCUGCGCGAGGCGCUGGUGUCAGGAAUGGAUAGCGCGCGGGAUACCUGCGGACGCUCGUGCGCAUCUUAUUAAAGUUGCGACACUUCUUGAUAGACGAGGCUGAAAACUUUUAUUUGUCCUGAGCCAAAAGUCGGAGAGAAGAAAACACGAAAAGGACACGAGCGCUUUUUGUGUUGUUGUUGUAAAGCUGUAAUCUAACCUAAAACACACAGUGCACAGUGAAGCACUUUUACCGCCUUUAAGCUUCACGGGAAGCUUUGAAGUGGAGAAGAUGAGUCAAGAGGUCCCGAGAAGAUUUCAGAUGCUGGUUGUGCUCUGGUCAAUACUUCUUGUGAGUGUGGUGACAGGGUUACCGACCAGACGCAAGAAUAUUGCCCACAAAGCUCAUGGCCAGUCAAUUCAUAGCGGUGGUGUCCAGUUUGCCUCUGAGGCUUUGGAGCAGCAGAACCAGGUUCAGAGUCUGCUGCCUGAGCCCCACAGCCACCAGAGGAGGUGGUCUCACCCCCAGCACCGCUCCCUUGGUGUUCUUCCACAACCUGAGCCUGAGGAGGAGACCAAACCUUUUAUACUGGAUCUGAAGAACUUUCCAGACCUGGCCAAAGCUGACAUUAACUCACAGAACCCCAACAUACAGGUGACCAUUGAAGUAGUCGAUGAUCCUCAAAUGGAAGUGGAGAUGGACCUCGCCAAGGAAAAAGAUUGGCUACCUUCCUCUUCCUCCUCCCCCUCAUCCACAGUAGAUUUGCUCGGAGGCAAGAAGCUUUUCUGGCCCCUGUUUUGGAGUUACACCGAUUCCAGCGAGGACAGCAACAGCCGGUCGGGCAUGGAGGAAACUGGCGAAGAAGAGGAGGAGGAAGAUUACUCUUUGGAUUACGGUAGUGAGGAGCCCUUACCCAGCGGAGUAGGCGGGGACUGGGAUACUCGCUGGAACGAAGGCUGGGAUCCAAUACAGAGUUACUAUGUUAUGAAGCCUUUUGGAACAGAUGUAGACAGCUGUGAGAAAUGGCUCAAUUGUAAGAGUGAGUUCCUGCAGAGGUACCUCCAUCAGGUUUUGUCUGAGCUGCCCAACUGCCCCUGCUCAUACCCUUUCGAAGCCGCGUACGCCGUGGUCAGUGUCUACGAUGACGCUCACGGACGGCCGUUCCGCUGGCACGACGCCAGCGGCCCCAAGGAGCGCCUGGACAUCUACAAGCCUUCGGCGCGCAGCUGCAUCCGCUCGGCACUGUCCAGCGACUCGACUACCCUUGCGGCACAGCACUGUUGUUACGACGACCGCGGGAGGCUGAUCACGCGAGGAAAAGGCGCAGGCACGCCGAACCUGAUUAGCACCGAGUUUUCGCCCGAGCUGCACUUCAAAGUGGAUGUGCUGCCUUGGAUUCUGUGCAAGGGAGACUGGAGUCGCUUCCAUGCGGUGCGACCACCCAACAAUGGACUGAGUUGCCCAGAAAACCCCCACGAGGACGUGUUCAUGAAUGAACUCGAAGAGGCCAGGGAGUACUGAAGGACCACAGCCAAAACUACCACUUCACUCAGAGAGUCAGAGGGGAGGUAGCCUACCUUAAAAGUCAUGACAUAUUACAUCAAAGCCACCUAUAAAUAAUUAAAUAGACAUGACUUGAAGGAAAUUGACAGGUUAGGAGUUUUGCGGAGGUUUAGGAAUAUUGGUGAAGUCUGGUUUCCUCAAGUUAGGAUUUGGCACAGUAUCCUUAUAUCGGCCUCAACCAAGCUGAACUAAAACAAAAAAUACGUUGUUGUCUCAUCACUUGCCAACCUGUUACACAUCUGGCAUGACACCAAGCUCUUUCUCUUUAUAUUCAGUACUCUCUCCUGGGUGUGUGUAAGCAUGAUGUCUGCCUACUGGCUUUUUCGAUGCUAUCUUUGAGCGCUUGUGAUCGACAACACCAACAUUAAGAAAACAUCCUGAUCGUGCUUAUUGUAGAUUUUACAUGAGGAAAUAUAAUGAAUAUGAGCUUGAUUGAUUGAUGGAACAAGCACAUGGCUUGGACAGUCCAGGUGAUAACUAACUAUGCUGCUACAGUAUAAAAUCCUUCAGGUUUUACAAAGGCAUUAUGAAGUGGAACAAGACAGUAGUUUCACAAAACACAUUCAUUCAGCCAGUCCUCUGAGUUAUUUAACUGAAGUAGGAGGUUAUUGAGAAAUUUGAGGUCUCAGCCAGACAACUAAGCUAAAAGGAUUUGGAACAUUCAUUUGCAAGUGCUUAGUUUGCUAGAGAGAAUGAUGCUAUUAGUCUUCAGGUAGAAAUUAUAAAAGGACAGAACAUUUGAUUUCAAAUGCUAUUUCACACCGAUUGAUUUCAAGUGUUUCCACACAUUUUCUUUCAUUGCCAGGAAGUAUAUGUGAUCUGGGUGCCAAAGAGAUAAAACAAAAGUCUGACUGUUGGUGCCUGUGUAAAUCCCACCUCCGUAUCUCCACGCAACGUGGGGAAAAACAUUACGUUCUUUUAGAUUGUGUCUCUGCUAUCUUCUCAGGGGGGGACUAGCUGACCAUCACAACAAAUUUGCUCAUUUACCUCGACAGCGGAGCACUAUUGGAUCUUGUACAGUCUUGUGGGUAAAGAUUAGUAGAGGCGUGUUGGGUGUGUAAUCAAUAAUUGCUGAACAGAUGAUGCUUUAGUGCAGUCGGAGUCCUUUGAUCCCUGUUGUUGAUGAAUUGUGUGGUUUGUUGUUUAAGGUCUUUGAGUUUAUGUACAGUGCUUGAUUGGAUAGAAAGGACAUUGCUUCUCAAAUAAACAUCCUUGAGAGGUCAUUCGGGUAGCGACCCAUGAACAGGCUAACGCAGGAUACUGGUAAUAGUCUCUUACCGUUAUAUGGUGUGUGUUCAAGUGUGUGGCUUAAGAGUGUUCAAUUCAAUUUUAUUUAUAUAGCGCCAAAUCACAACAAAAGUUGCCUCAAGGCGCUUCAUAGAUACAGAGAAAAACCCAACAAUCAUAUGACCCCCUAUGAGCAGCACUUU